AUGAUAAAAAAAACAUUUUUUGGUAUUUCCUUAAAAGACAAACAAAAAUUCACAUUCAAAGAAUAAAAUGGUUUACUCUGUUAUACAUUUACUUAAAUAGUUUUAGAUGGCAAAGGAGAAGCAAAAGUUUAUGGACUUACUGACAAUAAAAAAAUUUUGAUUGCUUCUCUGAAGGCAAAACAAAAUUAAUGCAAAUGCAAAUUUAUUAUGGAUGAAAAUAACUUUAGAAAUUUAAUAUGCAUUGGUGAUGAGUCUACUUAUGUUCAUGUAAUAGGAUAUAAGUUAGAAAAUAAGAAUUAAGAAAUAUAAGAAAUAUGUUAAGAAGAAGAUUUGGCAUUCAAAGAUGAAUUUAGAGCACUACAACCUUUAGAAGAAAGGGAAUUAGAUUCUGAUGAAGUUUUAUUGCUUUCUAAGUAAGAACAAAAAGAAUAUAAAAAAAAAUAAAAAUAGAAACAAUUAAAUCAAAAAUAUUGAAAAAAUAGAGUUGU